UCUUUCUUUUAUCCAAUUUCUUAGAGAUUUCUGUAGAUCUUACUAGAAGCCAUUGAUAAACCUAUCUUGUAAACUCUAGGAUUAAGAAAGGGGUUAUAUUCUGUCUCUAAUGGCUACAGAUCGGAUCAGCAAUCUGCCAGAUGAUGUUCUUGGCAAAAUCCUGUCUUUAGUUCCGACCAAACUUGCUGCUUCGACCGCGGUUCUGUCCAAGAGGUGGUUGAAUUUGCUUCCUCUUGUAGACAGCCUUGAUUUUGAUGAAUUGAUGCUUCUUUAUUCCGACAGAAAAGACGGAGAAGAAGAACCAACAAGUAUUGAAAGUCGUCGUCAAAGUCGUCGUCGACGACGACCUCGCUUCUCUGAUUUCGUGGACAAAACACUUGAUCUGUUAAGCAAUUCUACCAUCAAGAAAUUCUCUCUAAGAUGUAAUUAUGAGAAUGACAUAUCUCGUGUCAAUAGUUGGAUUCGCACUGCUCUGGGACGGGGUUGCGUAGAGCUAAACUUAAAGUCAAAUUUAAGAAACUUUAUAGAUUCUGAGUUUUUCACAAGCAACACACUGGUUAAGCUCACAAUUACCGAUAAAUUUUGUCUUAAAGGUCGUCUUCCUCUUGGAGGAGUGUUUUUCCCUGCGCUCAAAACACUUACACUUGUUUCAGUCUACUUUCUAUCUCAUGAAAUGGAGAAGCAUUUCGUCAGAGGCUGCCCUGCGUUAGAGGAGUUAUUUAUAUAUGUUUGGAUGGGCUACUUGUCGACUCCAUACGUCAAGCGAUUAACUAUCACUAGUGAUUUUGCUGACCAUUAUGAAUACAGUGGCCUUACUCUUAAGACAAAGAGUCUGCUGUACCUUGACUACUCUAGUUAUGUUGCAACAUAUGAUGUUGUUGCUUUGGAUUCUCUUGUCGAAGCUAGACUGGAUCUUCGAUUAUAUGGAUUAGAUGCUGAUGGUCGUCCAGUGUUCAAGGAAAUCCGUGGCGAUAUUUCAACUCUGAUUAAUGGGAUGAAAAACAUUAAGAGCCUUCACUUGUCUGCUCAUUCUCUUCAGGUGUUUCACUUUUGUUGCGACUCCAUGCCUGUGCUCAACAACCUACUUACUUUAUCUAUAGAAAGUGACGAGGAAAAAGGCUGGGAAGUAAUCCCACGCCUGCUCUGCAACUCACCAAAUCUACAAACUUUAGUCAUUAAGGGUCUUGUGCACAGAGUUACAGAGUGGUGUGGAAAUGCGUGCCCUUGCAUCAUCCAAAACGAGAUGGUAUGCUGUUUGUCGAGUUGUCAAGUGAAGGUGCUAGAGAUUACAGGGUUCAGAGGAAGCCUUGGAGAGUUACACCAAAUGAGGCAUUUCUUGGGGAACUUGGAAUGUCUUGAAACUGUGAAAGUUGGCGUUGAAGAAAGCACCUUCAACAGUAAAUACUUGCGAGCUAUUCUAAUGGCUAUCCCUAGAGUUUCGUCAAAAUGCAGCAUCCAAUUUAUCUGAUUUUUUCCCCUCUUUUUAUAUAACUUUUUUGUGCCGAGAUUUGAUGGCAUGAGAGUAUGGAUUAGAUAAUUAAGUUAUAUCGCAGUUUCGAAUAAUUCAAAA